AUGGAAGAACAAGGAGGAAGUUCUGCCCCAAGGGUAAGCGACAAGCGUUUAGCACAAACUCAGGCCAAAGUUGAUGAAGUCGUCGGCAUUAUGCGUGUCAACGUCGAGAAAGUUUUAGAGAGAGAUCAAAAGUUAUCAGAGCUAGACAAUAGAGCUGAUGCUUUGCAGCACGGAGCUGCUCAGUUUGAGCAGCAAGCUGGAAAACUGAAGAGGAAGUAUUGGUGGCAGAAUUUGAAAAUGAUGUUGAUUAUCGGUGCGAUUGGCGUAAUUUUGCUUAUCAUUAUUAUCGUUUAUGCAAUUCCAUCAGGAAGCUCUACUUCUCCUCCACCAGUAACUGAAGCUCCUACCAACAAAUCGGGCCGAUAA